AUGGCUCUUACCAAGUGCCUAUUACCGGCAGUGCCUUCAUUUACCCAGGGAGGCUCAUCACCUCUGCAGCAAGAGAAGAUUAGACUGUUUUGGCAAAUGGUUGUCAAUAUGUCCAGUAAUUUAUCCUUCCUUGAUAUCUGUUAUUCCACCAGCUGGGAACCAUAUGUCUCGGCCCAAUGCUUCAGGGACUUCCCUAUCAUUUUCUAUACCAGCUGUUUUGCCCAGAUGACCACAUCCCUCUUUCCAGGGAUGACAGAAUGUCUCUUCCUUGCUGUCAUGGUUUAUGACAGGUUUGUUGCAAUCUCCAAUCCCCUGCAUUACACCACCAUUAUGAAUAAUCAGGUUUGUGUACAGUUGGCCUUGGGAACCUGGGCCAGUGCCUUCUUAGUAGCAGUCUUACCAAUCAUUGCAAUCCCUGCUUGUUAUUAUGGACAGAAUACCAUCAGCCAUUUUACCUGUGAGAUCCAGGCCCCGCUGAAGCUCGUCUGCCCAGACACUCUUGUCAGUCUGAUUCUGGGUCUGGUUAUCAGUGUGUUCACACUGCCCCUGCCUUUCACUAUCAUCCUUAUUUCCUACUUCCACACUGUGGUUAUCCUGCUGAGUAUCCAUUCUGUGGAGACCAGGCUCAAAGCUUUCUUCACCUGUGGACCUUAUCUAACUGUGGUCAAUGUAUUUAAUGGUAUAGCCAUCUACAUGUACCUGAAACCUCAGUCAAAGAAAUCUCAGGAAGAGGACAAAUUCUUCUCAAUAUUUUAUGGAGUAGUUACUCCCAUGUUAAUUCCCCUCAUUUAUACCCUGAGAAACAAGGGUGUAAAAGGUACACUGAGGAAGUUUGCCAAAGGAAAUGAAAAAUCCUAA